UUUGACGUAACCGACGUAAUUUGACAAUGGAAAGAAAAACACGAAUUCUGCACAUUUGUUAAGAAAGUCUUCAAGUUGUGCCAAAAUAUUAGUUUCCAAACAAUACGAUUAUGUCGGAGGGAAAUAGGAUAUCUCCUUCCAGUGACCCUGUCGAUAAAAUAAUCAGUUUCAUGGCAUCGGACAUGCAAAAUAGCGAUGGCCAAUAUAUUCCUCUUGGAUAUCCAGCCCAAACAAACGCUUCAGAACAGAUGACUUGGACUGCUCACAAUUCUCCAGGAUCCUAUUUGAAUUACGGAUUACAUUAUCCAGACCCUCAUCUAGAUCAACCUCCCAGAGAACAGCUUACCAAUUUUAUACACCAAGAAGCCAGUUCAGUGUUUGAUAAUUUCCAAAAGAACGUUCAUAUACCUGAAUAUAAUAAUUAUAAUCUUAGGUCAAACAGUGCUCCACAAGCUAUGUAUAACUACUCACCAAACAUGCCAGAAAAUAUUUUACAUAACCCCAUAAACCAUAGUGUUCAACCAUCACAGAUUUUUGAAAAUCUUGUUGGAAACUGGGCAGUACCAAAUAAUGCCGGAACAUACACACCAUUUGGUAACACAGAUACUUUUAAGCCAAGCUUAUUUGAUUUCCAAUCCCAAAACGGUGAAUCUGGUUAUCCAGAACAAAAAAAUGAUAUUAAAUAUAAGCAGACAGAACCUGUUGAUGAUAAGUUUAACUUUAACCGAGAUACAAACAAAAAAAGGCCUCUAGCUGAGGUGAAACCAAUGCGUCCUAGCUAUUCAGAUGUUCUAACUAAACCAGUUCCUUCCACAAGUAAUACAAAGCCACUCAAACCAGAGUCAAAGGAUGUUAAAUUCAAAAAGGAAUCCAGGAAGAAUGGCAAAACUGACAAAUCACAAAAGGUUGGGAACUUGUUGAACCGUUGCAACACUAAUAAUGAUAUACGUGAUAUUCCAAUGGAUAGAACAUUUCCUAAUAGUAAAGUUGAGAAAAAAACAAUCAAAACAAAUCAGUUGAAUAGAAAAUGGGCAUCCCUAGACAAUAUCUCUGAGCCAAACCUGAUCAAAACUGAAGAAUCAAAGAAGAUUAAAAGACCAGAAGAGAAUAGCAUGAACAACAAACCAGUAAAACCAACCAAGAACAAAGUUAACAAAAGUAUAAACAGUAUGUCGGAUGAAGCAACUGAUACAAGUACUAAAGCUGAGGCAGCAAAUAUAUUGAAAAGUACUUUGAAGAAGAAUAAGAACAGGCAGAAGCAGAAUGAUAGUUUUGCAAAUGGAAAUGAUAGGCCUUCAUCUAAAAGAAAUCAGAGAGCAAAGAAAAAAGAUUCACAGCGUCUUUCAGGAAUUAUUGGACAACAUAUUAAGGUAUACACUAAGAGAUGGUGGGAUGUUUUUACUGUGUUCAUUUUGUGGCUCUAUCAUUUAAUUUAUGACAUCUUCAGUUUGAGCAUACAUUUAGGCAGAGAUUUUGCAAUCAACUUAUGGAAAGGUUUAGUGGAUUGUUGGCAUUCGUUUACAAGUACUGGAGAGGCAAUCUUAAAAAGGUGGCGUUUGUCGGCUUGGAUAUGGCAAAAAUUCGAGGAUAGGUUUAAAGGCCGCAAAAAGAAAAAGUCAGCUGAAGAAGAAACCAAUAGUUUCCUACAAAACGGACUCGAAACUAACAUCAAUAUGCCUACAACUGGUGAAGAAGCAAUGAAAAGGUUGCUAGCUUGUAAAGGAAAAGAUCCAUAUAGUAUAUUGGGUGUUACACCAAAAUGCACAGAUGAUGACAUAAAAAAAUACUAUAAAAGACAGGCUGUGUUAGUUCAUCCCGAUAAAAAUAAUCAACCAGGUGCUGAGGAGGCUUUUAAAAUCCUGGUUCAUGCCUUCGAAAUGAUAGGAACAUCAGAACGAAGAGCGGCAUAUGACAGAGGAGUGGCAGAGUCAGCAUUUGUAGUACAAAAUUUCAGCCAAAUGGCUGAAUUACUCCAGAAACUCCAGCAAAAAAUGGAGAUGAAUGCAAACACUAUAAGAUGCAGUGCUUGUGGGGAAAGGCAUAAAAGAAUUAAAGUGGAUAGGCCGUGUUAUGCAGCAAGGAAUUGUCAUAUGUGUAAAAUUCAUCAUGCUGCUAGAGAAGGUGAUAUUUGGGCAGAAGCCAGAUGCUUUGGCUUUUUGUGGCAUUACUAUGCUUGUAUGGAAGGGUCAGUAUAUGACAUAACCGAUUGGGCGGGCUGUCAAAAAGACACAUUAAAACAUCUGAAGCCUGAUUCACAUCAUGUUCAGUACAGGAUAGCCCUCGGCAAACAGAAUAAUCAACCGAGAAGGAACAGCUCGUCUCCGAGAAUGGACAAGCCUGAUUUAGAGAAUUUAUUGAAUUCACUAUAUGGGAACAGUGAAAAUGGGACAACCAAAAGAAAAACCAAGAACAGAAAAUAGUUUUUGAUUUAUUUUCGAAAGAUGUUUUAUUGGUUUAAAUUAAAUUGUGGAUCUUUAUAGUGAAUUCAUACACUAAGUGAUAAGUGUUUUAAUUUUUUCAGUUUGACGCUUAAUUUAUAUUCUUUAAUGUGCUGCGCUAUUACUUUUUUUCGACUGUAUGAUUUAUGUAUUAAACAAACUAAAAAGGCUAUUAACAAAAA